AUGGCCGGCAAAGUACAACCUAUUCACCAUGACACCCAGACGGUGCAACAACUAACUAAAGAGAUCGCCAUUGCUGCAGGUAUCGGUGCAGUUCAAGGUGCUCUAAUAAGUAUCACUACUGCACUUUUACUGAGAAGAUAUUCAACAAUUUACAGAAAUGUUAGAACACAGGUAAGAGUGUUCUAUCAUAUAUCCUGGAUUUCGAUGGGUGCUGUCUUUAGAGCGGAUAAGCAACUAAUCAAGUUCCAAUCGAAAUACUAUGAGAACGAAGUGAAGAGAAGAGAGAGGAUACUUGAUGAAGCAGCAGAAAGGGGCAUAUUCUUGGAGGAAGAGAGUGUUGCUCAAAGUACUGUCACCAAGUAA